UAUGGAGACUUUUUUAAAUGCUGCUCGUUUUGGUGACUUUCAAGUAGUUCAUGAUUUGUAUUUUCAAUAUUCCAAUAAACUUUUGUUCACUGCCAGAGACGAGUUUCGGAAUACUCCACUUCACUUGGCAGCAGCUAACGGACAGUUGGAAGUGGCCAAGUUUCUUACGAAGCAAGGAGCCGACAUAAAUGCCCAGAAUGAUGCUGGAAAUACUCCUUUGCACUGGGCGGCCUUAUUGGGAGAGUUGGAAAUAGUACAGCUUCUAGUAGCUGAAGGAGCAGACCCUUGCAUUGAAAACGAGUUUCACCGCACUCCGUUGGAUGAAGCAGUAGACAAAGGGCAUCAGUCUGUCGUGAGUAUCUUGGAGAAGCUUUUAGAGUCCCAAGGCAAAGCAGAUACGAGUUGGUUGAAUGAUCAACCAUAGUGCUAGGAAGAUAGAACUUCUCUUGAGAGCCUUUUUGUUUUCCCUUUGAUAAAGAAGAAUAAAUAGAAAACAGCCUCUAAAUAUAUGUAUGGAUAGAUAGUCUAUUAGGUCGUGAAUUGCAAGUCAACCAAUAUAUACAUAUAUAUAUAUAUAUAUAUAUUGGGCUGUAUCAUAAAUAUGUUUCCAAAACA